AUGGCCGCCCCGAAUACGCCGCAUGGCUAUGGUCCGCCUCCAGAAUAUGACGAAGACACGACUCCGAACAAUCAUUCGCAGCAUGGCGCGACGAUGCGGCUGUUAACCAAUGCAGACGACGAAGCUCCUCCUCAGUCAGUACCAAACCGGCCCUCCCCUCACGACCUGUUCAUCCGCGCACAAGAACGGCUGCGAGGAGGAGCACAGUACCCUCAGGUCUCACCUACUGGCCCAUCCCAGCACCCUCCACCUCGUCCCGCACCCUCACCCCUUGAGACCCAGACUCAGAGCCAAGAAGAACUCAAUUCCCUGUUGCGUGAUGUCGAGAGCGACCUGACCCAAAGCGCCAGAUCUUCGGCCCCCAGAACGAAGAGAUACAGAGUACAUUUUCGCGACAAGAGCAGUGACAACAUCAAAGAUACCGUGAACGCUCCCACCGGCGACAUUGGCUCAUUACCAUCUUACAACAGGCCACCCAGCCCAGUACAGCGAUAUUACCAGCAGUCUCCAACGAGGCCGCUUAGUAGACAGCCAUCGAUUCUGGACAACGCUCCAGGUAUGCCGCCGCCAGUCGCUGCUGACUACGAUCCGUUUCGGCCCUCUUCACGAUCGUCGCAGAGUCCAUCAAAGUCCUUUGGCACGCCGAGAGGUUCGAGGGAGUACGCUCGCCCACCAGCUACAAAUGUGCCAUACGAGCCGGCAGACAUCAAUGGAGGCCCGCGCCCUGGAACUCCAUCCUCUCAGUACGCUGGAUCGCCAAAGAGACCCCUCCCACCCGCUCCGCUGUUUGCUGCAGGACGACCCGCAUCCAUUAACACUGAUGAGAAGGAGCCUAAGAUGACAAGCAUACCCAUCAACGGACCUGAUGAUGUGUUUGGGCCUGCGACCGGAGAAAGCGAGGACCAGCGUCCAGGACUCGAGUCUCGUGAUAGUUUCGUGUCUGAGUCGACACUCACCGACAGCGACGGCAUGUAUUCACACAAAAUGGAUGAUGAGGACGACGAUCUCUACGGACCGGCUCCAACCGGUAAACAGGAACGACGGGGUGCACGACAAGCUCAGAUGGCGAAGAAAGAAGUCAAGCUCAUCAACGGUGAGCUGAUUCUGGAGUGCAAGAUACCAACCAUCUUGUACUCUUUCCUGCCGCGACGCGACGAUGUUGAGUUCACACACAUGCGAUAUACUGCCGUGACUUGCGAUCCUGACGACUUCGUUGAUCGAGGAUACAAGCUGCGACAAAACAUUGGAUUCACCUCACGCGAGACGGAACUCUUGAUUUGCAUCACCAUGUACAACGAAGACGAGAUCGACUUUACUCGCACCAUGCACGGCGUGAUGCGGAACAUUGCACAUUUCUGUAGCCGCACAAAGUCUCGAACAUGGGGCAAAGAUGGGUGGCAGAAGAUUGUGGUCUGUAUCAUUUCUGAUGGACGAGCUAAGGUCAACCCGAGAACGCUGGACGCUCUGGCUGCAAUGGGAUGCUAUCAAUCGGGCAUCGCGAAGAACUUGGUCAACCAGCGCGAGGUGACGGCACACGUGUACGAAUACACCACACAAGUGUCUCUGGAUUCUGACCUGAAGUUCAAGGGUGCAGAGAAAGGCAUCGUGCCUUGUCAAAUGAUCUUUUGCCUGAAGGAGAAGAACGCGAAGAAGCUGAACAGCCAUCGUUGGUUCUUCAACGCCAUUGGAAAAGCGCUCAAUCCUAACGUAUGCAUUCUUCUGGACGUUGGAACGAAGCCUGGUGACGAUUCGCUAUACCACCUCUGGAAGGCAUUCGACAAGGACUCAAACGUGGCCGGGGCGGCUGGCGAGAUCAAAGCCGCCAAGGGCAAAGCAUGGCUGCAGCUGCUGAACCCUCUCGUUGCCAGUCAAAACUUUGAGUACAAGAUGUCCAAUAUCUUGGACAAGCCGCUGGAGUCCGUGUUCGGAUACAUUACAGUGUUGCCCGGUGCAUUGAGUGCAUACCGAUAUCAUGCGUUACAAAACGACGAAACUGGCCACGGACCAUUAAGCCAAUAUUUCAAGGGAGAAACUCUACACGGUCAGGAUGCAGAUGUGUUCACAGCGAACAUGUAUCUCGCAGAGGAUCGCAUUCUCUGUUGGGAGUUGGUGGCAAAGCGCAGCGAGCGAUGGGUGCUGAAAUAUGUACGGAACGCCACUGGAGAGACCGACGUACCUGACGCUGUCCCUGAAUUCAUCUCUCAGCGUCGAAGAUGGCUGAACGGAGCGUUCUUCGCGGCCGUGUACUCUCUGCUGCAUUUCAAGCAGAUCUGGAAGACCGACCACACCAUUGCGCGCAAGAUCUUGCUGCACAUCGAAUUCGUCUACCAGUUCGUCCAGCUGCUCUUCACCUUCUUCUCACUCGGAAACUUCUACUUGACCUUCUACUUCAUCGCUGGGUCGCUCGCAGACAAGAAAGUGGACCCGUUUGGACACGGGAUUGGCAACUUCAUCUUCAUCGUUCUGCGAUACUCCUGUGUCUUGCUCAUCAUGGUUCAAUUCAUCUUAUCCAUGGGUAACCGGCCUCAAGGAGCGAAAAAGAUGUUUUUGGCAUCCCUCAUCGUAUUCAGCGUCAUCAUGGUCUACAACACCUUCGCGGCAAUCUACAUUGUCGCUCGACAGCUCUCGCAAGGGAGUUCGAUAUCAUUCGGCAACAACGUCUUCACGAAUCUGAUCGUCUCAACGCUGUCGACUGUGGGCUUGUACUUCCUGAUGUCGUUCAUGUACCUCGAUCCAUGGCACAUGUUCACCUCAUCGGCGCAAUACUUCGCGCUCUUGCCAUCCUACAUCUGUACUCUGCAAGUGUACGCCUUCUGCAACGCGCAUGACGUUACCUGGGGUACGAAAGGAGACAACGUCAUCAACAAAGACCUUGGAGCGGCGAAGACGAAUAAGGAUGGCACGGUCGAGCUCGAAAUGCCGAGCGAACAGCUCGACAUCGACUCCGGGUACGAUGAAGCCCUACGUAACCUCCGAGAUCGUGUCGAAGUGCCCAAGCCGGGUAUUCCGGAAUCACAAAUGCAGGAAGAUUACUAUCGCGCCGUGCGGACGUACGUCGUGAUUGUCUGGAUGGUCUGCAAUGCCAUUCUCGCCAUGGGAGUCAGCGAGAUCUACAGCAAUACGCACGUGGCGGACAACUACUACCUCAAGUUCAUCUUGUGGUCAGUAGCGUGUCUCGCGUUGUUCCGAGCCAUCGGAAGCAGUGCGUUCUUGGUGAUCAAUGGGAUCCAUUCGAUCGCGGAUGGGAAGCUGAAAUGGAGUCAGCAGGCCAGCAGUAGUAUAGCCGGGAGCAAGAGGAGUAUGGGGAGCAAGAUGAGCCUGCCUAGUUGGAUGAGCAGCAGUGGCAGUUGGGUCAGCAGUAAAGUGAGCAGUUGGACGCCGAGUAGUAUUGGGAGUACAUGGUCUGGGCGAUGA